AUAAUGGCCAACACCAGUUAUCCUGCACUGAAAAGUAUUUCCCUUUUUUUCCCUUUUCUUUCCAGAUUUUAUAUUCAGAGCACCCAUUAAAUUAAGCAAAACGGGAGAACUCCGAGAAGAAUAUGAAAACCAGCUAAGGAAGCUGAGAGAAGAGAAACUACAAGAAGAAAAGACGUCUGAGGAUCUGAUUCACAAGUUCAUUCUAGAUGACAUGGACGUAGGGAAAAGAAAAAUGGAGGAACAGCAGAAAAAAGAUGAAUCUGUAGUGCUGAAAGGGAACCAAGACUCUUUCCCUGAACGUCUCUCGGAUUCCGAGAAUGAGGAACCAUUCCAGGGCAAGCAAACGCAUCGGUCAGCUUUUGUUUCCAAGACCAGUGCCUACUCCUUUGCUUUCCUUUCAGGGAAUUUAACCUCCAAGGUGGAGAGGAGUCGGAGCUGCAACGACACCGUUCAGGAGAGAUCCAAGAGCAGGCAGAGAUCAGCCGCAGCCACCAAAACAAAGGUGCUGCCCGCGGCGGGGGCCGCGCCGCUGCUGGGGGUGCUGGCGUCCUCGCAGAACCACCGCUGCCUGUCCGCCCCCGAGCUGACGGCCGAGCGGCGCCUGCUGCUGGGCGCCGUGUCCUCGCUGUCCGCCCUGCACCGGCCCGAGCGCUCCAUCAGCCCCGAGAGCAACGACAGCAUCUCCGAGGAGCUCAACCACUUCAAGCCCAUCGUCUGCUCCCCGUGCACGCCCCCAAAGAGGCUCCCCGACGGCAGGGUCCUGAGCCCCCUCAUCAUCAAAUCCACCCCCAGGAACCUGAACCGCAGCCUGCAGAAGCCAACGACCUACGAGGCCAGUCCUAGAAUACUGAAAAAGUGGGAGCAGAUAUUUCAGGAGCGUCAGAUCAAAAAGACUCUGUCUAAAGCAACCCUUACGUCCUUGGCUUCGGAGUCUGGGGAAGACGUUGUGGUUCCUGACGUCACCAACUCCAGCAGCUGCGCUAAAGAGCAGCCACAAGUGCAGGGUGAUCCCCUCCCACCUGACACAGCAGGACAGCCUUGCCCUGAGCUGGAUUUCCUCCCUUCUGUCAGUGAAAUGAAGCUGGGAAGAGGGACUGAGAAGAGCAGAGGUUCACGGGCCUUAACUGCCGAUGACGCUGCUGCUGAACCAGAUGUGAGAUCAAACGUAACCUCCCUAAACACACGAGUGGCUGAAGCCCCUGACCUAAAAGUGAAUACGUUCAUGGACAAAUCCUGUCUUAGUCUAGGCCCGAAAAUGCUGGGCAGGAGACUCAGGGGCGUCAGCGCGUCGCUGCCUGACAACAGCACGCUCGGAGUCCCCAUCAAGGCAUCGGGGAAGAAGCAGCUGAAAUACCUGAACAACAGCGAGCUGAUCAACGUGCAGAACAGCACCUGCAACUCCGUGGAGAACAUCAUCGGGGAGCACCCGCCGCUGCUGCGGCGGGGCCGCAAGAGACGCUGCAAAACCAAGCACCUGGAGCACAACGGCUCCGUCAAAAGACUGAGGCACGCGGCAGCGGAGGUGGGGCUGCCCCCCGAGGCCCGGGACGUGGAGCAGAAGCUCCAGCAGGAGGAGGAGGACAGGAGGCUGGCCCUGCACCUGCAGCGGAUUUUCGACAGCGAGAACAGGACAGUGGACAGGCGGAAAGUCCGCGUGGAUCGGUAUCUGCUGCGCUCCAAGAGCACUCUGGGUGCCAAGUAGCACUGCUGGACUGUUGCCUUU